UGGGAGGGGGCUCUCUCCCUUCUCCUCCGCAUCCCGUCCUCUGAUGUCACAAAUGUGUUCUUCUGCCCUGGGAGAGCUGAUUAGCAUUCAGCGGGCGCAGUUGGCCGGUGGCUGGGGGGCGCGGGCGGGGGGCGGGGGCGCGGCUGUCCCCCGGGAGCAGUGGGACGGGCCGGCGCGCGGGACGGCCGCGUUAUAACUGGGAUCCUCGCUGACGUGUGGCCGCCGGCUCCUUGGCAGCUGUGGCUCUGGACCAGUAGGCAGAGGGAAGCUGCCGCUGACGCGUCCGUUGCAUCUUGGAAGGGACUGUAAUCCACUGUAGUGAGAACAGAGCCUCUCAAUCACGCGGUGUAAAUAAGAGGCGGAGGGGGAGUCCAGGAGAAAAGGAAGAGGAGGGGAAGAGUGUGUGUCGGGGGAGCGGGGAAAAGCAUUUUUGGUGGAUGGUAUGAAGCCAGCCAUGGAAACUGCAGCCGAGGAAAAUACUGAACAAAGCCAAGAGAGAAAAGUGAACAGCAGAGCUGAAAUGGAAAUUGGCAGGUACCACUGGAUGUACCCAGGCUCAAAGAACCACCAGUAUCAUCCCGUGCCAACCCUGGGGGACAGGGCUAGCCCCUUGAGCAGUCCAGGCUGCUUUGAAUGCUGCAUCAAGUGUCUGGGAGGAGUCCCCUACGCCUCUCUGGUGGCCACCAUCCUCUGCUUCUCUGGGGUCGCCUUGUUCUGUGGCUGUGGGCACGUGGCCCUCGCGGGCACCGUGGCGAUUCUCGAGCAACACUUCUCCACCAACACCAGCGACCAUGCCUUGCUGAGCGAGGUAAUACAACUGGUGCAGUAUGUCAUCUACGGGAUCGCGUCCUUCUUCUUCUUGUAUGGGAUCAUUCUGCUGGCAGAAGGCUUCUACACCACCAGCGCCGUGAAGGAGCUGCACGGCGAGUUUAAGACAACCGCCUGCGGCCGGUGCAUCAGUGGGAUGUUCGUUUUCCUCACCUACGUGCUGGGAGUGGCCUGGCUCGGCGUGUUUGGUUUCUCUGCGGUGCCCGUGUUCAUGUUCUACAACAUAUGGUCAACUUGCGAAGUCAUCAGGUCACCCCAGACCAACGGCACGGCCGGCGUGGAGCAGAUCUGCGUGGACAUCCGGCAAUACGGUAUCAUCCCUUGGAAUGCUUUCCCAGGAAAAAUCUGUGGCUCUGCCCUGGAGAACAUCUGCAACACCAAUGAGUUCUACGUGUCCUAUCACCUGUUCAUUGUGGCCUGCGCCGGAGCCGGUGCCACCGUCAUCGCCCUGCUGAUCUACAUGAUGGCUACUACAUAUAACUAUGCUGUUUUGAAGUUUAAGAGUCGGGAAGACUGCUGCACUAAAUUCUAAAUUGCCUAAGUCCAACAAGGAGCUUUAGACAGCUCUGCACGGUAGCCUGAAAGAUCACUGACCCCACCCCCCCUCCCCCGCCCCCGAUGAAAGCAGAGUCAGAUGCUACCGUUUUGCUACAGUCAUUUGUACAUAGCUUUAGUCGACUCACUUUGCCUUGUAGAUUAAUAACAUGUCUCACCCUAAGUGAAUUACAAAACCGUGAGAUCUGGCUUAUUUCCACGGUGUGAAAAGGAUUCAGUGAUUUACUGGCAUUGGGUGAGCAUCCGGUAAAAAAAAAAAAAAGAAUUUUCUUGACCUUUGAGGGGUAUCUCUAAGUGAAGUAUUAACACUCUGUAAUACCUGCAUUUUCCGUUAUUUUUGCUUGCUUGAUAACCAACAGGAGUGCUCCACAGGAGAUGGAAGACAGAUCCGUUCUGAUCUGCAUUUUGUUGUGUUAGACUCUGGGAAAAAAAAAAAAGGACCUAUUGUAAAGUUGAUUACAAAAUUUUUUGCUGAUUCCCCCGUUCACUGCCCCAUACGUGCCCCUCAAGUAAGUCAGCUAGAGGUUUCUACCGGGGGGGGUCGGGGGGAGGGUUCUUCUUUCCGCACACCACAGCCCUCCCUUGCGGAGGCACAGGAUGGGUAACCUUGCCCCUGUGUUUUGGCGAGCAGUGACCGACUCCUCGUAGCCCACUCUCAACCCGCACGUAAGAUUUUAACGGCAAGAGCAAUCGUGCCUGCCGUCGGAAAGCCUCCGCUACGUUGAACAGGAGAGAGGAGGAACUCGAGGUGUAGAUUUUGCAGGGAAGACCAGGAAACUAGGUGGGAAAGAAGUGUUUGCUACAUGAAGUGUCAAGGAUGAGGAUUCUUCCAUUCUGUGACAGGCAGGAAGGGCCGUGACCCAACAGAAGAGGUAGCUUCCCGGCUCAAAACGUGUUAACACGGACCGCAUGCUUGUUUGCGUCUAGCUCCUAAUUCUAUUGGUUUUGACAUUCGCGUAAGUUUUCCGUGUUACGUGUGUAGUUUCGCAUCUACUCAAAAUACACAUCGUUCACUUUGAGGCCUCUGGGGAACUGGUUUUUAGCCACCGACAAGCUAGAACCUUGCACUACACUUAUUUCCAACUCCGCACAUGCCGUGUUUCUGAACGUCUGCGCGAGUUUUUAAAAUGACUCCCCCCCACGGUCCCACCACCACACACACACACACACCCACCCCCUCCUGCUUCCUGUUUGCUUUUUCUUAACAGCAACUUGGGCCAUGUUUUCCAGUUCAUCACGUUGGUAUACUAACUCUCCUUCCGCCUCUUACUCGUAAGCGUCCUCGUGGAGCUCGCUGCCGGGCUCCGACGGCUCUGCUCGCGCGACGAGUAUUAACGCAGAAUAACCCUCUCCCUUUUUACAGUCGGGAGCGUCUAACCUGCCUCGCAGCUCGCUUUGCCUUCUGCCAUGCUCACUAGCCAUCAUGCGCACCCUUCUCUUCCAGAUCCACUUCCUCAUGAUACUGUCUUCUAACUGGGCUUACUUAAAGGACGCCAGCAAAAUGCAGGCUUGCCAGGAUAUCAAAGCAAAGGAAGAGCAGGAGCUGCAGGAUAUCCAGUCUCGGUCCAAAGAACAACUCAAUUCUUACACAUAAACGUUUGCCAGAGCGUUACCGCCGCCGAAGUGACAGUUCUGACAAAUCCACAGACAGCUGCUCUGCCGUCCAGAUGUGUCCCCCCGCCCCCGCCCUUACCCCCCACCAAACUAAUGUAGAGGUACAAACACUUCACUGUCUGUCUCGAGCUGCUGGGAGGGAUUUCUAGGAACACCUGCCAGGAGGCCAGUCUUUUUCUUUAGCGCAGAUACCGGAGGCUUCACAGCCAUUUUAAAAGGCAACACUUGGACAAAACGAUGGUUCAGCUUUCUGAGAUAGGUGGCCUGUUCCCACUUAGCCGUAGAGCAAGCCUCCCGCGAGAGCGAGGCCACGGGCACGUGGCAUACUGCUGGAGCGGGACCGCCGAUGGGCCGGCACGAAGCAGUGUGACCGUAAAUUCACGUGUGCCCUCUGUCCGAGGGGUUUACCUGGGUAGGGAAUAGAGUACCAUUUCCCACAGCUGACAUUUAUUAAACUUGGGUUCCGAGACCAUGUGAGUCUUAACGCUUGAACUCUUUGUUUCAAUUAGCUGCCAUCCCUACCCUUUAAGUCCAGGACCCGUUCCUCUCCCGAUCCAGUCGGAAAUCUAUUUUUCAAGAACGCUGAUAACUCUAAUUCGGCUCCACCUACCCUUGAGGAAGCUGGAUUGUGGCCCAUCGACAAGCUUUCCAAAGUCAAUUCUAUAAUAGCUUUCCUCUAAUCCAACGGCCCAGGUGGCGUCGUCGUUCCUGGGGAAUAAAUGUCAGCUCUGCCUUAAUGAGUAUCUGUUUUCAAUUUCUAAGAACUUAAUUUUACAACAGGAGACCCCAAAUCCCUCAUCGCCCUUGGUUCCACAAAUGUUUUUCUGAAUUAAGAAGUGUUACCUUAUUAAAAUGACCACCGUUCUAAACCAUUUGUACGUGGUCUCAAUAGCAAGUUUACAGUUUCAUACCAACUAUCUGAAACCGAAUUACAAAUAGACCACAGACCUCCUACUUUUCUAGACUUGGAUACUUCAGUAGUUUAAAUUAGGGUUGGUAUUUAGUUCUUUUUAAAUCUAAAUCAUUCCUGGAAUAAUAAAAGUUUGAUGUUCAGCAAAAAAAAAAAAAAAAAAAAAAAAUCCACCUUGAGUUUAAGCCAUUUUCAAAAGAAACUUGCCUUCUAAAUCAUUCUGUUCCAGAACAUUAAGUGAUUAGAGGUAUUGGGUAUUAGUGAUGGUAAACUUUGUGUUGCUCUUUAUGAAAUGAUACAUAUAACCGUUGGGUGCAUCCGUGCUUUUAAAAGGGGCUGCAUAAUAUAGGAUUAACUCUGUAUAUUCAUGUUAAGAAUUAACUUGUGGUUUGGCUGUUUCCUGGAUUUUAAAACAUACACGUGUGCAGAAAUGUCUUAAGAUGAAAGGAAGCAUACCUUUGUCAAGAUGCUAUUAAAAUUGAACAUCAAGGAUAAGAUUUCAUUUGGAUUCUUUUUGUUGUUGUUGUUAAUGCCUACAAAAUGCCUAUUUGGAUCUUGACUUUUUUUUUUUUUUAAUUGGGAGAAGCUCUCUUCUGUGUAGAACAGUUCCAGAAUAGCUAGUUUUGUUUUCCUGUUGCAUGACAGACUUCAAUAUUUUUUUUUUUUUCCAGCAGUGGAGGUGCUGUUAGAGUCCAGUGUUCUAGAAGAGGCAGUGUCUAAAGCCUAAUUUUACUUUUCUAAUUCUGGUAGCUAUUACCAAGAAUUUUUGAAAGUUUUGUUUAAGUAGUCUAAUAUUUUUUAUGUAAAGAGCAUUAAAUUUUGCUAUGUAUAAAUUUUUGUAACCUAACAGUGAAUCAAUAUUUUCUA